AUGAAGCGCACCACUGAGUCUGCCACCGCGGACCACGCAAAAGAAAAGGCGAAACUUCGACGGCAACAAGUCCGCAAGGCGCAGAUCCAGCACCGCACGCGCAAGGCAAACUACAUCAAGCAGCUCGAGCUCGACGUGUGCAAGUUCCGGGACAUGAUUGCCGCCGCAGAGAAGGAAGUGCUCGCGUACCGCCGGGACAACGAGGGCAUGAAGGGCGCGCUGAGGGCCCGGGGCCUGAGGGUGCCCGAGGAGCUGAAGGGCAAGGAGAAGGACGUCCUCGUCGGCGCGGUCAGGAUCGCCGCCGCGGAGGAGACGCCCGUGGAGGAGCCGUCGUACGAGGAGGUGAUGCAGCAGCCGGUGGAGGUUCAUCCGUGCCAGCCGCAGCAUUCCCACGUCCCCGCGCCGCCGCCGCAACAACAACAACAACAGUUCCAGCAGGAGCAGACGGAUACGCAGGUGUUCAGCGCGGAAGAGCAGCAGAUGUUGCCGGAGGACGUGUCGAUGGCGCAGCCGUUGGAUUAUGACCCGUAUCCGCCUGCCGACCUCUUCGGGGACGUCAACAUGGGCGACAUCACUGUCACGAUGAGCAAGGACGCUACUCUUGGCACGCCGUGCUUCCAGAUCAGCUCUUCGUCCACUAGCAGUCUCUCAACACCGGUGCGGCCUGCUACGCCGGAUCAGCUGUCUCCUGAGCAGGAGAUUAUCGCCAUUAACCUCAUCCUUGCGAUGGAACACAUCUGCUGGGACCACUUCCACCCGCGCCAGUACCCGCGCCACGCCGACGCAACCAAGGCAGCGUCCGGCCACACGAUGAUGGCCUCGACGAUGUGCAUGUCAAGCGCGCCGGAGCGCGUGUACCGCUCCAUCCGCCGGCGUGAGGUCGAGACGCAGCACACAUGGCAUGCCUCGGGCGCCGGCAGUUCGCUGACGUUGCGGUCGCUGCUGUCGCUGGCCAAGACGCUGAACCCGGGCGACAUUGAGCUGACGCCGGUGCAGGCGUGGUUCGAGCUCGCGGCGCGGUACGGCGCGCAGGCGCUGAUGCAGGAGCCCGUCAUCGAGGCGCUCAAGAGGGAAUUCUGCGGUGUGGUGGACUGCAUCCACUUCGGAGCUAUCAUCGAGCGGGAUGCCUUUGAGAGCGUUGUGGCGAGAGUCAUGGCUGAGGUUGGGGUGCCUGAGCUGCCGUGGGAGGGGAUGGAUGUCGAUGUUGGUGGCGCCGGCGGGCCGGGGAUGGUUGUUGGAGUUCCGCAGAUUGCUGCUUAA